AUGCAACUCAUCCACCUCGCAGCCCUCCUCCUGGCGACCUCCGCCUACGCCCAGGAUAACAACAACGCAAUCGGCUCCCUCGUCUCAGCAGCCAACAACAUCGCCGCCGACGGCCAAAACGUCGCCUCCAACGUCCGCGACGACGCUACCUCCAUCGCCUCCGCCUUCGAGACCGGCGGCGCGGCUGCCAUCUCCUCCAUCACCUCUGAAGGCGGCUCCGCCGCCUCAAACGUCCAGUCCUGGGCGACCUCCGUCGCGUCCGACGCACAGUCCCGCGCCUCCGAUGCUGCGAGCAAGGCUUCCUCCGCCUGGAGCGAUCAACUGACUACCUUGACGGGAACGAACGGGACUCCCACUGCGACUGAGACGCGCUCGGCGAGUGCGAGCACGGGCACGAGCAGCACCACUGCGACGCUGACGGAUACUACCACCUCGACGAGUGGGUCGUUGACUACUACCAUGACCCGGACGAGCACCAGUACCGGUGCGGCCGGCACCUCGACCUCGACGUCUCAAGGGGCGGGUGCGCAGGCGACGCCCUUCCUGGGGGCGGGGAUUGUGGGUGUUGCUGGUGUGCUGGGUGUUAUGGCUGCCCUGUAG